UUUCAACAAGAACCGUUGUGGCAUGAAAUUUCCCGCGUAUCGAAAGAUCCUAUAAUUCCUAGACAAAAACGAGAAAGACAAUUUUUUCGUUAUGUGAUUGCCAGUAGCUGAGUUCUUGUAAUGGCGGAGUCUUCCACCUUCUCUGUAAUGUCGUCUUCUUCUGUUCCUCUUCUUUUCUUCGGUAUCUGCCGUCUCUUCCCUCCCUCCAGAUUAUAUCAAAGCUUUCACUUUUCUAUCUCUCUCUUCUUCAAUCUUCAUUUCCAUCCAGUUCCACCGGGAACUACGUAAUGAGGUCUGCCAGAGGAAUCCCCAUUCAGGAACCAUAUAUCCGUUCCCGAGAGAAUCCAUACUUUGACGGUCUAUUAAGAGAUUACAAUGCCUCGAGGAAUCAGAGUUCUGCCUUGGACUUUCAAGGAAAUGAUGAAAGUCGGAAUAUUUCUCGGACCACAUCAGAUAUUAGUGAUGCAAGAAGUAAAAGUUUGCUUCAGGAUAUAUCUGAAAAGUCCAUGGAGUCGCCAGAGGACUCAUUAUCAGAUAUUGUUCUGUAUCCCAUAGAGCAGUCCACAUUUGGGAGGCUGUCAAAGAUUGCUAAAGCAACUUCAUUUGGAUUCCCAAAUAUUCAAGCUGAUUUGAGCUCUGAGUCGGGUGGUACACUUGAGUCAAUGAAAGAAUCUAGCCCAAAAGCCUCUGAAGCAACUGAAGAGUGUCCCUCUGAAGCAACUGAAGAGUGUCACACUUUAUCUACCCUAGCAAGACCUAUAAUAGAAAAAUCCUAUAGCCUGAACCCAAGGAAACAAAACCUGUCAAGCAUACCACUUCCUCAGUCUGCAGCAUCAUUUUAUAGUGGAUUUUCCCCACUUGUUGAAGUUGUGGAAUCAUGUGAAAGCAUUAACAGGCUGAAUUUAUACUUAAAAUGCAGAAGAGAUGAUGUAAGUUCUGGUGUUCCUGGAAGAUUCCUGCAUGCUGUCAUUGGGCAAGAUGUCUCCGAUCUUGGAUCCAUUGCUGCAACCAUCAUGUAUGCUUUCUAUUUGAAUGAAACCCUUGAAAGUGAUCAAUUAUGCACGGUACCGGUUAUCAAUAUGAAAAGGGAAGACUUAAGCUCUCAUGCUGAAAUGAAAUGGUUGCUGGAUUCAUGCCAAAUCGAUGAGUUGUCCCUAAUUUUUGUAGAUGAGAUUGACCUGUCCUAUUAUGAUCUGUUUGGGAGUCUUAAGCUGGUUCUGCUAAAUGGGCACAAGCUCCCAGCCAAACAAGAGGCAUUAAAGGACGCAGUAGUUGAAAUAUUUAACUGCAGAAAGGGUGAAUCUAUGUACCCUGGGGUUGAGAAUGCUACUGUGGGAGAGGACUCCUCUUGCUGCACCCUCAUUGCUGAAAAGUUUGCGCUGACUUCUCCAGAGAUUUUGGUUGCACAAGGAUUCAGUAGACUUUUGUUGGCAGGUAUCCUCUUGGAUACUGGAAAUCUCACUGGUCCACAUUGUACGACUAAAGACAAGUACAUGGCUACAUUAUUGGUCAAUGGUGCUGGUCGCUUUGGAUCUAAUGGUCUUUACCAACUAUUGAGAUACAAAAUGUAUGAUACCUCUGAUCUUACGGUUGUUGACAUAUUGCGGAAGGAUUUUAAGAAAUGGACAAGAGUAGGUAAGCCAGAUAAUGUUGGUUCAAGAUCAGUGAUGUCAUAUAUUGGGAUAAGUUCUAUUGGCAUAUCAAUUGAGCAACUUCUUGCUCGUGAGGCUAGUUCAACUGGAGAAAUCAAAUAUUUCCAGCAGUUGGAGAAACUUCGACUACUCAUGAUUGUGUCUGGGUAUUAUGAUUCACAGAAGAACUUCAAGAGAGAGAUACUGGUCACUGCUGAAUCUGUGGAGCUUACGAAGAAUCUGCUCACGUUUUUAAAUUCCAAUGCCUCACGCCUACCACUCAAAGUUCUCCAUAACCCAGGUCUCAAAGAAGAAAUGAAGUUAUUUGAGAUUGAGAACAUCACAUCAAGAAAGACCAUCGAGCGUCUUUUGGAAGAAUUUGGUGGAGCAUCAAAAGGCUAAUGUUGAGUCGGUAUGCAAUUGUCUUAGACAAUGCUGAAGAAAGCAGUAAAUCCGGUGAGGAACAUAACCAACCAUGAUCGGAGUUUUUGAAAGACAUAUCACUGGCUGUGUGUGAUUAAAGUGAAAAGUUUUCUUUUCCAAGAUGAAACUCUAUUCUUGCUUCUAGAUGAGCAUGUAUUAGGUGAUUGAAUUAUAUAUGGAGAAAAAUAUUGUUAACCCAUAAAUUAGUUCAUCACCAUGAAAUGCUUAAUCCACUUAAAUUCAUUCGUCUCAUAAUUUUUAUUAACCUUUUUUUUCUUAA